AUGAAGAAGUUGAAGAGUGAAGAGGAGCUGAGCCGUGACCGGAAUUUGGAGUUUGAGACGGACGAUGAAGAGAAUCAGGCCCAGAGUCGGUAUUCAUCGCCGACGACGUCGUCUUCAGCCCAAUCUUCUGGGUCUGAUAACAACGAUGGAGAGGUGGGCUUUUAUAAUCGAGGUGGGCCGAGCUCUUACCAGUCAAGCUGGCCCCAGAGUUACAGGCAGUCCAUUGACAUGAUGAGCAGCGUUGUAUCACCCAGUGUGACACUAUUAACAGGAACAAGCAUCCUUGAAGUUGGCAGCUCAUUUCUACGCCCGUUCCCUUCAAUCUCGAUCUCCGAGCAUCGCUCUAGCUCCGUCUCGAAACCCCUCAUUAUCCCUUACUUCAACUCUUCAAUCAAAGACUCCAACCUAGCCUCAGCGUCGGCAGCAGCACCCCCUUCGCCUCACUCUCAAACCCCCUCCUUCUCUCGUUUUCCCGCCCCUUCGUUUGCUAAGUCUCUCCCUCCUCCUUCUCAAUGCACCACCACUCAAUCCAUCAUCAACGGAAUCAAUGUGCUCUGUGGUGUGGGACUACUUACUACACCUUAUGCUCUGAAGGAAGGAGGAUGGCUAAGCAUUUUGUUGCUGUUUGUGCUUGGAUCAAUUGCAUUCUACACUGGAAUUCUAUUGAAGAAGUGCUUAGAUAGCUCCCCGGAGCUUCAGACUUAUCCUGAUAUCGGUUUUGCUGCUUUUGGGAUGACUGGUCGCAUUUUUGUAUCCAUAGUUUUAUACCUGGAGCUAUAUGCAUCUUGUGUUGAGUACAUAACUCUGGUGGGAGAUAGCCUAGCAUCAUUGUUUCCUAAUGCGCGUCUAAACCUCUUGGGCCUUAUUUUGGAACCCCAUCGAUUAUUUGCACUAACAACAGCACUUGCAGUUCUUCCCACUGUUUGGCUUAGAGACCUAAGCUUGCUCUCAUACCUCUCAGCUGGGGGUGUAAUUGCAACAGUACUAGUGAUCAUCUGCUUGUUUUGGGUUGGAAUUGUUGAUGGAAUCGGGUUUCAUCGAACUGGAACUGCUUUGAACCUUGUAAACCUCCCGGUUUCACUUGGACUCUAUGGGGUUUGCUACUCUGGACAUUCUGUUUUCCCCAACAUUUAUUCUUCAAUGAAGAAACAAGAAGAUUUUCCGACAGUUUUAUUAGCCUGCUUUGGGAUAUGCACAAUUCUAUACGCAGCAGUAGCCUCAGCAGGUUUUCUAAUGUUUGGUGAUUCUACCAUGUCUCAGUUUACACUUAAUAUGCCUGCUCAACUUUUGACUUCUAAGGUUGCAAUUUGGACCACGGUUGUGAAUCCACUCUCAAAGUAUGCUUUGACAAUGACUCCGGUUGCUUUGAGCAUUGAGGAACUCUUACCUUCCAAUAGACAAUCUCAUUCAAAUGUGGUGUUACUCAGAACAAUGCUUGUUCUUACAUCUCUUAUCGUGUCCCUCUCAAUUCCAUUUUUCGGUCUUGUCAUGGCAUUGCUUGGUUCAUUUUUCGCAAUGCUUUUGACUCUCAUUAUGCCAUGUGCAUGCUAUCUCAGCAUUAAACGCAAGUCAGUAAGCAAUCUGCAUGUUUCUGCAUGCAUUUUCGUUAUGAUUCUUGGAGUAGUUUGCUCGUGUGUUGGCUCCUACUCCUCGAUUAAGAAUAUUGUUGACGAGCUUUGAUAUGAACAGGAAAGAGAGAGCUAGUUUUGUCCUUCAAACAAAAUAUACCGAAAGUUUUUUCAGUAGUUAACCCCUCAUGUACAGUUUUUUUAAUGCGUCUCAUUGUUGUUUCAUUAUUUGUUCAGUAUAGUUACUAGCUCAUUUCACUCUUUUUCAUUCAUUUCCCUGUUUGUUACUGAACAAGCUAAUGCGGGACUUCUUGUGAAAUGUAAUAAUUGGUUAGCUUUUUUGUUUCUGGCCAUUCAAUUAUAGCUUAAUUUGCAUA